UACCUAGAAAUACCUCUGCACUGAAACUUUGUACAUCCAGAACAUGUGACAUUAGCCUACAAGCCCUAAACUAGGCUUUUUUUGGAAAUUCAGUAUUGAUUUUAGUUGAUGCACUUGGCCUUAAAACUCACUGACACAAUGAUAACCUUAGUCAAUGGAUAUCAUGAUAGGGAAGUUUAUUUGACAUGGUGAUCUCAUUCGGAUAUCCCAUGGAAUUCCUCUCUUAUAAUUAAUUAUCCUGUGAUAUUUCCAAAUUAGAUGCUUUCUCCAGGAUCAGACGAGCAAAUAUGGCUGGCUACACAACUUCAGGUCCCAACAUUUCCCAAGCAAAGGAUACAACCCCAGGUCUGGCUGAUCAUCUGCUUGAGCUAUUGCGUGAAGUCCACACCAUCAGCUGGGCGACUUAUCGAAAGGGUAUGAUGUAUUCCAACACCCAUCUUAAACGUUUCGACCAGCUCCUGACGCGUUGCUGGAAAUGUUUCUUCAACUGGAAUAGCAAGUCCUCUCAGCAACCAAAACAACAGCUUGAACAUGUGAACAAUUUUAAAGAUUCUUGCAUCCUAUGCCGAGAUAAAAUUGUCCGCGACAGCAAACAAGAGAGUCACGAUGAAGGCAAAAUGGCAGCGAUUAUAUGUAGUCUUGAAGCAAUUAUUCAGAUUUGUAGUGACUGGGAGCCGAGGGUUAGGGAAUGUGUCACAGUUUGGAAGCAUGAUGAAAUGGAUGGAAAACAAAUCUGGGGGCCAUUAAAGGAGGAGUUUGAUGCAGAAGGAGAGAAACUGCACUCAGGAACAAUACUCACUGCGUGGGAAUUAAUUAAAGGAAAGAUGGCAGAUCGAAUCGCAUUGAAUCUGACUUUGGAAACUUACAUAAAGUUAAAUCUGAGUAAAAACAAGAAAUCUUAGAUAUGAAAAGAUUUCUGACACUUAUCUAUAAGGUUCCCAGGGAAGAUGACUUUCCAAUGGAAUUACUAAUCCACAACCUGCUCGUUUUGAAGAAGUUUGAACCCGCCUCAGAUUUUGCUUGCAAAAAUUCCUGAAUGAAGACUAUCAGAACAUUUGCAAUCAGUCAUAAUAAGAAGUUGGCAUCUACAUCAUGCCGGUGGUGUCAAAAAAUUUUUGACAUUCUCCCUUUCCUGACCACAACACGCACAAUAAAAAUGCCAUCCAAAUAUCAAUUGAGAAAUUUUUAUUU